AUGGGCUCCUCCGCGGUACUCCCUUCGGACCUAGGCAUCCUCGAUCGCCUUGCCUCUCUCCCUGUCGAGCUUCAACAUCAGGUCUUGUUCGGGUUUCUAACGGUAAGCAGCCCCUGUGCCCUCUCGCUCUUCGUUCCGGACUGGGGCGUCUGCAAACAUACCGCGAGCACUAUCAACGCUAUAUACGACCUGCAACGGGUCGACGUUUACAUCAGAGGCGCCGGCGCCGUGAGGGGUAAGUUCGAGACCGGGAUGAGGCACGAUGACGGCCGCCACGUGAUUUUCCCUCUGAUGAAGCAGAUGACGCCGGACGACUCGAGUGAGCUGAUGGAGGAGCUUGUACGAAGGUUCCCUGCAGCGAUGGAGGGGGCUCUACGAGACAUCAAACAGCAUGUCCUGCAGCGUUUCGAGCAGCUCUGGCCGAGGGGUCCGGAUGACGAGUUAGGUAAGUGCAUGGCUGGCGGGUCGUUGGUGUUUCGCGAAUGUGGUGAGACCACUCGCGGAGGAAGUGCCGACGGUCUUGACACUGGACCAAACCCGGCAAAGGCGGCGCUACCACGACACUUGAUGCUCAACGGCCUGCUAAGAGACUCCUGGCGUGAACUCCGCCUGCGGCGCAACGCACUCACUAGCUUCAGGCUUGAGAUGAAGCUCUUUGUCAAACGGGGUCCAGAGUUACUCGCAGUUGAAUGGAGCGCCAUGACGCAGCUCGAAAGCCUCUAUCUCGACCUGCGCGCCUACAGGCGAGGACGGGCGACCGAAGAUAGCAUCCGUCUUGGCGCUGCGGAGAUGGCUUGUCUCCGCCUCGAGUCUCUCGUGAUCGCCGGGCUGAAGAGCGGAGACAGGUACCUGUGUGACUGGGAGACGGACGAGAAAGAGACCGACGGCGGGGUGAAUUGGGUCAAGGUGUUUUGCGGGGCCGUCAGAGAGGGCGGGAAGCUGAUGUUUAUUGACCAGCGGAUGUUGGACAUCAACUGGGAGGGGUGGAGGAUGAGGGCGCAGAAGGAGAGGUUGUUGCCUAACGUCGAAGAGGCGGUGGUCGGGGAGUCGGGGAACGCGACGUAUCUGAGGCACGUUGAUAAUGUAUUGAGUGAAGGCAGGUAG